GUAGAAUGGACUCACUCAGUGUUUUGUACUCGCUCUUAUGACUUUGUAGACGGUCCCUAAUAGAGUUAGUUUAGUCUCUUGGAUGAAAACUCUGCCGCAGCUUGUUGUAUGGCGAAAUAGUUGGCGUUUGUGCUGAAACAUUGUUUCCCACGCUUUUUUUACACCCAAUCUGUGAAUGUCGUUUAACUUUACCGUAUUAUCAUGAAGAUUGGUGCAAAGCAAACUUUCUUGUAUCUCGCGUCUCUUUUAUUCAUGUUCGUCGCGGGAGAUCCAAGUGCACCUGAAGUGCACACUGAGCUGGGGCGUCUGAGAGGUCAGUAUGUCAGUGUUAAGGGGAAGGAGACUGGGGUCCAUGCCUACCUGGGGGUUCCCUUUGCCAAGCCCCCUGUAGGUCCUGCUCUGAGACUGGCUGCACCUCAACCUGUAGAGGGAUGGGAAGGAGUGAAAGAUGCCACCCAGCAGCCGCCCAUGUGUGUCCAGCAUAAGCAGAGUAUGUUAGACCUGGUUGAAAAACUUGGUGCUAUGCUGCCAGUAGUACCAGACAUUUCAGAGGACUGUCUCUACCUCAACAUUUACACGCCAGCAGACAAAGCUCAUGAUGCCAAACUCCCAGUCAUGGUUUGGAUCCAUGGUGGCGCAUUUACUAUGGGCUCAGCUUCUAUGUAUGAUGGAUCUGCACUGGCUGCUUACCAGGAUGUGGUUGUGGUUUUGAUCCAGUAUCGCUUAGGACUUCUGGGAUUUCUCAGUACUGGAGAUCAACACAUGCCUGGAAACUUUGGAUUCCUAGACCAGGUACAAGCUCUGAGGUGGAUCCAGCAGCACAUUCACAGCUUUGGUGGAGAUCCAGAUUUAGUCACCGUAUUUGGAGAGUCUGCAGGUGGAAGGAGUGUUUCCUUAUUGCUUCUCUCACCGUUGUCUGAUGGUUUGUUUCAUCGUGCCAUUGCUGAGAGUGGAGCUGCUGCAGUGGAUGUGCACCAGUCAAACAAUCCUCUACCAAUGACACAGUUGGUGGCAAAUGUAUCUGGCUGCAGCACUGAAAGCACAAAGACAAUUGCUGAUUGUAUGAAAAACCUGGAUAUUGACACUAUUGUGAGCAUUGGGAAGAAAUUUAAAUUCUCUAUAAACGUUGACGGACACUUUCUAAUAAAACCUGUGAAUGAGCUGCUGCGACAACAUGAACUUCUCACCGUUCCAUUCAUCACUGGGGUGAAUGACCAUGAAGGGGGAUGGUUACUAGCUCACCUGUUUGCUCCUCCGAACUGGGCUGAGGGAAUGAAUCGAGAGCAGAUCACGAAAACACUGUCCUUCUUCUACUCUAACCCCAAACAAGCAGCCAUCAGAGAUUUGAUGAUAGAUGAAUAUAUUGGAACCGGUGAAGAUCAUGUGAAGAACAGAAACGGGUUCACUGAGAUACUAGGAGACAUGAUAUACACUAUUCCAGCCAUAAAGACCGCUAAUGCCCAUAGAGAUGCAGGUGGUGCCGUUUACCUGUAUGAGUACCAGCAUCCUCCCACAUUCCAGAAGGAACAAAGGCCAAGCUUUGUUCGGACGGACCAUGGAGAUGAAAUCUUCACAGUGUUAGGAUUUUGCUUCACAACUACUCAUGUCAAAUUAUCUGACCCAUGUCCUAAAGAGGAGGAAGAGUUAAGCAAAACCAUGAUGAGCUACUGGGGGAACUUUGCCCGUACAGGGUCUCCUAAUGGUGACGGUCUUGCUCACUGGCCACAGUAUGGAGCAGGAGAAGACUACCUGGCCAUUGGUUUGAAGCAGCAGGUCACCCGUCAGCAUCUGAAGAAGAACCGCUUUGUCUUCAUGACUCAGACGCUUCCAGAGAAGAUCAAGCAACUUAAGGAGAAGAUGGAGCGCAGCGAGCUGUAGAACAGUCACCUCCCAGCUCUCUGUUAACAAGAAAAAUUUGUAUGUGGACAAAUUUGUUUUUGCAUACAUUUUGCAAAAACGAAUAUAAUAUUAUAUAUAUUUCAACAUUAAACCUUUGUCACUGUCUCUGGGCUGUGACUAGGAGGAGUGGGAGUGAUGUAGCAACUGCAUAAGAACUGUUGAGUCACACCUUGAUGUCACGUUUCUUAGGGGAAGGCUUAAGAAGUGAACUAGGAUGUCGACCAUGAAGUUCAGUGGGAAAGAAACUUUACUGUGUAGCGUCUGUGUUUUACCUCUGUGUGGCUGCAGACACACGUAGUAAGUUUGUAAAUACCUGUGAUAAUUUGUGUCCAAAAUGUGGUGUGAAGUUUGCAGAAUAAACUUUUAGGAACACAUUGA